AUGAACCCAAAUCAACCGUUCACUUCUCAGACGAAUGAAAAUGGAAUGUCACGAUCACAGAGUUUCGAUUUUUCGGCGUCUCAACAAUCGAUACAAAUAUCGAAUGUUAUUCAGUGUGACCCUGCCCGGUUAGCGAACUUUUUAGGACAUUGUUCACAGGUGAAUAACAAAUCUAACCAGAAGUUAGAAACAAUCUACGAAAAUUUACCAGCGCCACAGCAAAUUAUGUCAUCCAACUUCCAAUGGAACCAAAGCAAAGAACAACAAUUAUUCGAUAACAAGAUCGCAUCUAUUCGUGGUUCAGUUAGUUCGUGGAAUUUAUAA